CACAUUCGUACUCUACUCUUCCCGCACACCCCAGUAGCAAAGAUUUUUAACUACCUGGUUAUCCUUCUUCCAGCCUCAACAGGCCUUGCAGACCGCCAUCCUUCUAGAGUAGACGCUAUUCCAAUCAAUAACGUCCAACCCAGACAAUUGGCCCUCCGUUUUAUCCAUCAAUCUCUCCAUAGUCUAAUUGCUUCCUUCUUUGUAUGCCGUUCUUUUAAGUCCUUCCCGUGUGGGUUGUAUUGUACCGUACGUCGUCCGCCAUUUAUGCCCGACCUCAUUCACCAAGGACCACCAUGGCUCAAGACUGACCGAAUGAACUUAGACGACAACAAUCAUUCGAUGAACCUUGCGUGGGAUCAGACUCCCAGCGGGGGUGGAAAUUUUCAGGGUAUCGUAAGCUCGCCGAACCGUUUCGCCUGCCCGUUUCUCAUCGAUCAUGGUGUAUGA